AUGAUUUCAACUGCUAAUCCUGCGACCAGUUACAUCCGUGGCGUUGCUUAUCAGGAAGACUACAAUGCUGGAGGAGCCGAUGGUACUGGUCAGUCAAACGGUGUCCAUUACACUGAUCCUCUGGCGGAUGGUUCGCACUGCGAUCGCGACAUCCCCUACCUCCAACAACUUCGGACCAAUGUCAUACGGACUUACGCUGUUGACCCGACUAAAGGCCACGAUACUUGUAUGAAGAAAUUGGCCGAUGCAGGAAUUUAUGUUAUUGCCGAUCUCUCGUCUCCUCGAUUGUCGAUUGUCUCCAACUCCCCAUCUUGGACCGUUGAGCUGUACGAUCGAUACACUGCCGUGAUUGAUGCCUUCCACCAGUAUGACAAUGUCAUUGGGUUCUUUGCCGGCAACGAGGUUGUGGACAAAGUAAAUCAGACAAUGGGCUCGGCAUUUGUCAAAGCAGCGGUGCGCGACAUGAAAGCUUAUAUCAAAGCGAAGGGAUACAGGAAGUCAUUGGGCUUUGGUUACGCAACUACCGAUCAGCCAGAUUUUCGUAAUGCUCUGACCGACUACCUCAGCUGUGGAGACCAGUCUGCCUCGAUUGACUUCUUCGGUUACAAUAUCUAUGAGUGGUGUGGAGACAACACGUUCCAGGGCUCCGGUUACAAAAACCUCACCGAGCAGUACAAGGAUUACCCACUCCCGGUAUUCUUCUCUGAAUAUGGAUGCAAUACGAUCAGACCUCGCAAGUUUGGUGACGUCUCUGCGAUAUUCGGACCAGACAUGGAAAAUGUUUGGAGCGGUGGCAUUGUCUACAUGUACUUUCAAACUGCCAACAACUAUGGGCUCGUCUCUGUCGACGGUGACUCUGUCAGUACUCAGCAAGACUUCAACUAUUAUUCAAAGGCAAUGGAAAGUGCCACUCCCAGCGGUGUCAACAGCGGCAGCUACACACCCACAAACUCCCCGUGGGCCUGUCCUACUGUUGAUGAAAAGUGGUUGGCAAAGCCAAGUCCCCUACCACCUUCUCCGAACAAAGAAUUGUGUUCCUGCAUGGUGAGCAGUCUUUCGUGUGUAGCCAGUCAAUCUCUGCAUGCAGACCAAUACGGUGAUUUGUUUGGUACAGUCUGUGGAAGUGACAAGAGUGCCUGUGAUGGAAUUUCCCAGAACGCAACCGCAGGCCAGUAUGGUGCUUACGGUAUAUGUGCCAACAAGGACAAACUUUCCUACGUCUUUGACCGCUACUACCAGGGGCAAAAGAAGGAACAGUCGGCCUGCGAUUUCAAAGGGGCAGCGUCAAUUCAGUCUGCCAGGGAUCUAUCUGGAAGCUGCAAGUCGCUUCUCAGCCAGGCUGGUGUAUCUGGCACAGGGCAUGUUCCGGCAGUCACAGCAUCCCCAUCCAAGGGAGAAUGUGCAUAUCAGAAGAAACUAUUGGGUGAUCAUCUCGAGAUCCUCUUGCUUUGGUUUGUAGGUCCGUUCCUCAUUCAAGGAUUCCUUUGUCACUUCACCAUAUUGGGAAGGUACUUGAACUAG